UGUUUCGAGUUCGACCAAGACUACACAUUUUUUAUUGCUUUAAAUGAUUUAUCUGAAUCAUUCAUCAAUAUAUGAAAAUAAAAAAUUAGUUUUGUGAUCAACCAUUUUACGGCAUGUUGCACGUAAUUAAAAUAUGUGAAAUUAUUUUUAUGUUUUCUGCAGGGGAAAAUGUUUUUUUUCAAAAUAAUAAAAAGAAAAGUUUUUUUUACGGAAAACAAAAAGAAAAAGUUGAGAAAUGUUAUCGGUAGUUUGAUAGCUCAAAACUCUAACAAAGGCUAAAAAAAUAUAAAAAAAAUGUAUAUGUGACAAAAAUGAAGAUAAACAGAAAAGAGGAGACCGGAAAAAAUUGAUUUCAUUGCAUUUCCUCUACAGAAGAAAAUAAUAAUAAAUAAAAACUUGUAAAUUGAUCUAUCAUCAUCACCAGUCUAUUCUACCGGCUCUCAUAGAAUCUCCAAUCUGAAUCCCACUGUUUUUGCUUCUUCUUCUUCUUCUUCAUUCUUCCCUUUCUUGUCUGUUUUUCCUGCCGAUUUUCAGUUCGAUGCCGUUACAAUGUAACCAUAAUGGAACUAUCCCCUCCUCCUCCUCUUUCCCUUAAUCAAACAAAAGGUUCUCUCCUCUUCCUCCUAUCGUUGUCGUUCCUUCAAUUCAUAAUCCCCCGGCAAAUUUCUGUCGAUUUGCAUUCUGAAUUUUACUUCUCCCCUGUUUUUCUUUAAUAUUUUCCCUCGGAAAACUGGAAAAAAACCCUUAUCUGCAGCGUAGGCUAUCAUUUCAUCGUUGUCGUACCUUGUUGAUAAGAAAACCCCACAAAGAUUUUCUCGAGAAACUCCCAGGAGAGAAUUUUCACUUCCGGCGCGAAAAAGCUAAAUCCCCCCUCUGCGAUUGGCGCGCUUUCGGCUAGAAAGGUACGAUCUUUUGUCUGAUUUCGUCCAAUUUUCACUCGUUUUGAGGUUUCCGUCUCGUGGGUUUCUUGUUGGACGAAUUGAAUUUUUCUGGGUUCCGUUUGGUGCGGCGGAAUUUAGGGUUUUUCUGUUCCAAUUCCAGGGUUUAUCCUCCUGCAUGCACUGAUUUUACUCUGUUCUUUCUGCGUGCAGAGGGUAGAGUUCUUGGUUUCUGAGAAGGAAAUGUCGAUUCUGCCAAAGAGCGAGUCCAUAAUCAUCCGUGACGUAUGGAGCGACAACCUCGAAGACGAACUCGAGCUGAUAAGGGACAUAGUUGACGAUUACCCUUUCAUCGCGAUGGACACAGAGUUCCCUGGCAUCGUGCUACGGCCCGUAGGCAAUUUCAAAAAUGGUUCUGAUUACAACUACUUAACCUUGAAGGCCAACGUCGACCUUCUCAAGCUAAUCCAGCUCGGCCUCACUUUCUCCGACGACAAAGGCAACUUGCCCACAUGUGGAACUGGCAAGUUCUGCGUCUGGCAAUUCAACUUCCGAGAGUUCAACCCGAGUGAAGAUGUCUACGCCGAUGACUCCAUCGAGCUUCUCUCACAGUGUGGCAUUGAUUUCAGAAAGAACAACGAGAUGGGUAUUGAUGCAAAGCGUUUCAGCGAGCUGCUUAUGUCUUCCGGGAUCGUGUUGAAUGACAAUGUUCAUUGGGUUACCUUCCAUAGUGGGUAUGAUUUCGGGUACCUCUUAAAGUUGCUUACUUGCAAGAAUUUGCCAGAGACACAGGCGGAAUUCUUCAAGCUGAUCAGGUUGUACUUCCCCGUGCUGUAUGAUAUAAAGCAUUUGGUGAAGUUCUGCAAUAGCCUUCAUGGUGGGUUGAACAAGCUGGCCGAGCUCUUGGAUGUCGAGAGGAUCGGGAUAUGUCACCAAGCCGGGUCGGAUAGUUUGCUCACUUGUUGUACAUUCAUGAAAUUGAAAGAGAGUUUCUUCAAUGGUUCGACGGAGAAGUACGUUGGUGUACUAUAUGGUCUUGGUGUUGAGAAUGGACAGAGUACUCAUUAAAAAGAGGCAACAACAACAACAACAACAACAACAACAACAACAAAAAAUCAAUAUGAAAUAAAAGUCUAAAAAAAUGAAGUUUUGGUUAGUGUUACUUUGGUGUUCCAGUUCUCUUCUGUUGCAUUCUGUAUUGGGUUUUCUGCUUGCAGGUUUCAACACGAUUCCAGGUAAUGAGGCUCUCUCCAGGGGAUGGAUUACCAUCCACGCGCCUUCUCCUUUGCUAGAUUUACGUUGUACCCUGGUCUUUAUAGUAUCCUUGUUGCUUGGUGUAUGCUCUAGGUAGCUGUAAUCUCGGUUAUCAGAUUAGGAAGCAUAUUCCUCGUGCAUUGAUUUAGUCUAUUUGGUUGGAGCCUAAUGCAUGAGAUUUCCAACACUGCCAGUCUCUUGCACAGCCCAUGCCAUGUUUGGCGGAUUAGCAACGCUAUGGCUAGUUGGUUGGCUGCUCACUGACAUUUUACCGGGAUGAUAACAGUUAGCUCUUUCUUUGUUUCGGGUUGCUUUGUUUCCCUGAUAUGGCUGCAUUAGAAAGCUGCACUGCAUCUAGUGCUUGUGUUAGAGAUUACUUCCUUACCCACAUUUUGGCUUGUGUUUAAUUGUUAACGUGAUUGCUAUAGGAUUUGGAGAUUUUUGAUGGUUGCAUUGGGAAACCAUUAGAGCUUCUUUGCCUACUUGUUGAAUAACAGGGGAAAAUAGGC